CAUUAUAUACGUGUUUGCAGUGUUUAAGAUAUGUGUCCUUUGAAUAUGGAGAGAGCCAUUUUUGUACUACUACUACUGCCACUGCUAUUCUCUCUUACUCAUUCUGAAGCAAGAAAAUCAAGGGAUAUGAUAAAGAAAUUAAAGCACUUUGAUUUGGCUUCAUUACUUCUUCAGAAACAAACUACCACAUACCCUUAUGUUAGUUCCCCUUUUACUUUACCACCCUAUGAUUCAUUGUCUCCAAUUCCAUUGCCCCAAAACACCCCUCCAUUUUGCAUUUAUCCCCCACAAUUACCCUCACCAAGCUCACCUACUAGCCCCCCUCCCGCCCCACCACAAUCUCUACCUAGUCCAAUCAUCUACUCUCCAAGCCCACCAUGGCCCAGUUUUAGUCCACCUUCUUUUGAGCCCAGCCCACCAAGCGGAUUUGUUCCGAGCCCAAUUGGGAUCGUUCCCUCUCCAACCGGAUUUGUUCCGAGCCCAAUUGGGAUUGUUCCCUCUCCGACCGGAUUUGUUCCCACACCAACAAUUUUUCUACCGCCGAUAGUGUAUCCCCCGCCAACGGCACCGCCACCACCAAGAAAAGCCUCAGCUCAAGCUCUUUGGUGUGUUGCGAAGCCAUCGGUGCCGGACCCAAUAAUUCUGGAAGCCAUGAACUACGCAUGCGGGUCGGGUGCCGAUUGUGAGUCAAUUCAGGCGAGCGGAUCAUGCUUCGCGCCCAAUACAUUAUUUGCUCAUGCGUCCUACGCUUUUAAUAGUUACUGGCAAAGGACUAAAGUGGCCGGUGGAACUUGUUCCUUUGGAGGAACUGCCAUGCUUGUUACGGUCGAUCCAAGUUAUGAUGGUUGCCAUUUUGUUUACAAUUAAUGGGAUGGACGCUAAUUUGUUCAACAUAAACCACAAUAGCUAGUUUAGAAAUUAAUAAUUGAUGGAAGAUUGGACUGGUAUUUAGAUUUUUCUAUUCAAAGAUAUUAAAUUUUUGUAAUUAAUUUACUAUAUGGAUUAGGUGUCUUCAUUAUGAAAUUAUUAUCAUUUCUCUCGGUUCCUAUUGUUUUA